AUGAACAAGCCGCGAAACACCAAGGAUUCGAUGAAGUCCACCUGGCGCACCCUCGAUCGCAGCCAAUGGACCGGGUUCCAUUGGUUUUACGAGAUCCUCGGCAUCCAUCCCGUCGACCUGGACCAAGAGGUGCCGGUGUGGUCGAAGGAGGACAAAGUGCCCUGGGUGCCUGAAUGGCACUUGCAUCGCUGGGUGCUGUUCCACGCAUUCAUCCCCAUCGCUGUUCAUCAGCUCUACGUAUCCUUGACCGGUCACAAUCUGAGUCCUCUUGUAGCCGUGUUCUUCUACCACGUCGCCUUCACGCUCACCGGGGUUCACGAGCUUCACGUCCUCCGUCGAAUGGGCCAUAAGCUUGGCUUUCUAGACGGCGAUCAGCAUGCCCGGGACGGUGUUCCAGAUGUCGGCGUGGCCAAGGUCGUGCAUUCCCUCGUGUCCACGGCGGCCUUUCGACCCAUGUUCACCAUCUUCCUGAGCUACCGCACCAGUCUUCCACCGUCGUCCAUGAACUGGGCCAUCCUGCCCCUGGAAGCCGGCCUCUACGGCAUCGUCCUGGACUUCUGGUACUACUGGUACCACCGUCUGAUGCACGAGGUGGACAGUCUCUGGAAAUACCACCGUACCCACCAUCUCACCAAACACCCCAACCCGCUGCUGACCCUGUACGCCGAUAUCGAGCAGGAGUUCUUCGACAUCGCCGGCAUCCCACUCCUGACCUACUUCACCCUGAGGCUGAUGGGCUUCCCCAUGGGGUUCUACGAGUGGUGGGUUGGUCACCAGUACGUCGUGUUUGCCGAGCUGGCUGGCCACAGCGGACUGCGUCUCCAUGCCGUGCCCCCGAACACGCUGUCUUGGUUGCUGAGACGUGUCAACGGGGAGCUGAUCAUCGAAGAUCACGAUCUGCAUCACCGGAGGGGCUGGAGGCGCAGCUACAACUACGGCAAACAGACUCGCCUCUGGGAUCGAGUCUUCGGCACCUGCGGCCCUCGCGUCGAAUGCUACGAGGAGAACAUUGACAUUGACAAGAAGGUCUCGAUGCCGCUGCUGUGA